AACAAAGUAGAUAAACGCAUUUAAGAUAAUACCCAGAUACUUGUGUUUGGAUGCAGAUCAUUUGGUAGGCAGCUGUGCACUACCGUGCGUGUGCUCUGUACUCUUAGCUGGGGUAAGUAUGGCGGGAACUGUGAGCCCCACGCGGAGGAUGGAUCUGGACGCGCUGCUGGUGGAGGAGCUCGGCCAGUUCGGCAGGUACCAGCUCCGCACCUUCCUGCUGGCUGCUGUUCUGGUCAUGCUAGUGGCGUGGAGCAACUUGGAGUACAUAUUCUCUACGGCCCGCAUCAGCACCAGAUGUUUGAUUCCGGAGUGUGAAGAUGAGCCCACAGAAUUUGCUCCACCCUGGUUGAUGAACGCAGUACCGGCUGGCUCCACUCAGGGGUCCUUCGACAACUGCGAGCGUUUCGGGAACUUCUCCGCAUCGAGGCGGCAGCUCGACAGCGACAUCUGUCCCAGCGAACUAUUUGACCAGGGGACGCGGCUACCCUGUGACACCUUCGUGUACGAGAACACGAAUACCGUCGUAUUCGAUUAUGGGCUGGCGUGUGACGAGUGGCGACGCUCGUUGAUCGGCACUGUGACCACGUUCGGCACGCUGACGGCACUGCCCAUCACCGGGUACAUCUCGGACCGCUGGGGCCGGCGCGUGGCCCUCACCAUCAAUGCCUUCAACACGGCCUGGCUCGGCCUCACUCGGUACUGGGCCGACACAUACCUUGCUUUCGUACUGUCACAGUUUGCUGAAGCCACGUUUGGAUGUGGCUUGUAUUCAAGUAUUUAUAUUUUAUUGACGGAGUUGGUGGGUCCUGACUACCGCGUCGCAGUGGGCGCAGCUUUAAAGACUUGUUUCGCACUUGGGCAAGUGACGCUCGGGUUGCUCGCGUGGGCCGUGCCCAACUGGAGGAAUCUCACACUUGUGAUUUACACUCCCCAGUUACUCACCAUCCUUUACUACUGGCUCAUCAGCGAGUCGGUCAGAUGGUACAUGAGCAAAGGUCGCUUUGAUAAAUCGGAAGCUUUGCUGAAAAAGGUGGCCAAAGCAAACAGAAGACAACUGUCUGACAAGUCACUGCAAGCGUUGCGCCAUACUGCGGAGGAGAGACUACAGAGUGAGCUGAAGGUAGAAGGGAGUAGUGGCGACGAGCCAUGGCUCGUAGUGCAGGUGUUCCGACACAAGCCGAUACUGGUGCGGUGCGUGGUGUCGCCCGUCUGGUGGAUCACCACCACCUUCAUAUACUACGGGCUGUCGCUGAAUGCGGUCAACAUGUCCGGGAACAAAUACCUGAACUUUAUAGCGGUAGCCGCUGUUGAGAUACCCGGCUUCUGGACUGCGUACUAUCUGAUGGGAACAAUUGGAAGAAAGCCAGUACUUACUGGUGCCUUUUGGUUGUGUGCAGUAUGUCAGGUUGCCUACAUAUUCAUACCACAAGGAAUGUAUGCAGCUGCUCUGUCUGUGUAUUUGAUCGCUAAGUUUGCUAUAGCGAUGGUGGCGACCUCUGUGUACGUGUACACUGCCGAGUUGUACCCCACCAAGUACCGGCACAGCCUGUUUGCGUUCUCUUCCAUGAUCGGUCGGAUUGGAUCGAUGCUGGCGCCACUCACACCCGCUUUUGGUGCGCAGUGGUUUGCGGAGCUGCCGUUCGUGAUGUUUGGUUCACUGGCGUUAGUAUCUGGAGCGCUGAUCUUCCUCACACCGGAGACCCUCGGCACCACACUGCCUGACACCUUCGAGCAGGCAGACAGGAUCGGACAACCUGACCAGAAGAUCAAAACCUGAUCUCAAGCUUAACGACAACAUUAUAAAUAAUUAAAAC